AUAAAAAUGAAAUUCAGAGUAAGUACAGAGGAACAUAAAAUGACCUUUAAAAAACUAAAGUGGAACAACAGUUGUUGUCACAGGUCACAUAGUUCCUAAUAUUCCUCUGAGUGAUUUUGUUUUUUUAGACACUGAAGCAACAAGAAGGUAUUUGCACAGAAAGCAGCGCUGACUUGGAAAAGAUCGGCUUCUUCACUCUGAGCUUUAAUUCACCACAACGAGGAGGAAACUGUCUGUCAAUCAGAAGUAAAACAAGAUGAACAUCUCCAAUGACCCAACAUCUCCACCCAAUGAAUAUGAUGACAACUACCCUGAUUAUGAACCGUGUUCCUUCAGUGACAGCAACAGUGUGAACUUUGUGGUUGGUCCUUACAUUCACUCCAUCAUCUGCAUCCUGGGCUUGGUGGGGAACAGCCUGGUCAUCCUCACCUUUGCCCUCUACAAGAGAACCAAAUCCAUGACUGACGUCUACCUGCUCAAUGUGGCCAUCGCUGACCUGCUGUUCGUGCUGGCUCUACCUUUCAUCGUCUACAACGAGAUGUACUCUUGGCCGAUGGGGCAGGUGGCCUGUAAGCUGCUGCGUGGUUCCUACAGCGUCAACCUGUACAGCGGCAUGCUAAUGUUAGCCUGUAUCAGCACCGACCGCUACAUCGCCAUCGUCCAGGCUCGCCGGAGCUUCAGGUUACGCUCGGUGUCAAGCAGCCACAUUAUCUGUUUCCUGAUCUGGAUCUUUGCCUUACUGGUGUCUGUUCCCACUUUCCACUUCUACCAUUGGUACGAACCGUCACAUCAUGAGAUCACCUGGUUCAACAGCACAGAAGAGGAAGAGACAACAGAUCCACAGUACGUCUGUGAGUGGAAAUUUGAUGACAGCAACACUGCUAGCAUAGUGAAGGUUGCUGUUCCCAGCACCCAACUGGCCAUUGGCUUCUUCCUGCCGCUGCUCAUCAUGAUCUUCUGCUACACCUCAGUCAUCAUCACCCUGCAGAAAGCUAAAAGCUACAAGCGACACAAAGCGAUCCGAGUGGUGAUGGUGGUGAUGCUGGUCUUCAUCGUCUGCCACUUGCCUUACAACCUGGCCCUGUUGUAUGAGACUGUCAGUUAUUUUGAACUUCGUGAUUGUCACGCUGAGUCUUCACUGAAAACGGCGAUGUCUGUGCUGCAGACUGUCGCCUACCUGCACUGCUGCCUGAACCCGCUGCUGUACGCCUUCAUCGGAGUGAACUUUAGGAACCACUUCAGGAGGAUCUUCCAGAACCUGUGCUGUUUGGGUCAGAGGUACCUCGCCCCGCGCCACUCAUCCAGGGUCACCUCUGAUAUCUGCAUGUCCACAGUUCGCCGCUCGGUUGACAGGUCCAGCAGAACAAGCACAUCUUUUCUUACAUGAAGAUAUUUGUGUGAGAAGCUCUGAUCUUGCCAUGAAGGUCUUUAAAUGCCAAACUUGAAUAACAUGAAAAUUAAUUUUAUUCUCAAGCACAGUUCAGCCACAAGAUGUUAGACUUAAAAAUUUAUUAAAAGAGAAAACAAAAAAUAAACUUCUUUAUGUUAAUUGUUGCUCAGUUUUUGCUUUCCCGUCCAAUAAUGCAAAUUUACGGACCUAAGCAUAUCUGAAAACUCACCAAUUUUCACCUCAUUUGUCCCUCGUAUUAAAAGUUUUUAAUGGAAUCAAAAGUGGGUGUGGCCAAACUGCUCAACCUGUAAACAUCCAAACGGUACAUCCUAGAUAUUUGAAAAUGGUUAUGUAGAUAGAUGCUCCAAAAAUCAAGUAAACAAAGUCUCUUAAAUACAUUUUGAAAUCUACAGAGAGGUUUUUUACAUUUUCUCAACUCAAACUUCGGAGUCUUCCUCCAAUGAUUUUGAGCUAUUGGCUUCAGCCUGUUUCAAUGUGCAGUUAAGAAAUGGGGCAUUAAAAGUUAUCAAAAUCUUGAGGUUUUGGCCAGGACUA